CGGGCGCGGUGACGUCAUAGCAGGUCAGCCCGUCGCAGGGGCCGCGGCGGCGGGACCAGGGGAGGCGGCGCAGGCCAGCGCGGCGGAGGGACCGGUCCUCGGAGGGCUCACGGCUAGGGGGGCUCCCCGAGGUCCCGGCCCCAGGCUGCAGUGACUGGGCUUUUGCUGGAGCGGAAGGUGCUGGAAGGCAGCCCGGCCACCAUGUCCACGUUCAGGCAGGAAGAUGUGGAAGACCACUAUGAGAUGGGGGAGGAGCUGGGCAGCGGCCAGUUUGCGAUCGUGCGCAAGUGCCGGCAGAAGGGCACGGGCAAGGAGUACGCGGCCAAGUUCAUCAAGAAGCGCCGCCUGUCGUCCAGCCGGCGGGGGGUGAGCCGGGAGGAGAUCGAGCGGGAGGUGAACAUCCUGCGGGAGAUCCGGCACCCCAACAUCAUCACGCUCCACGACAUCUUCGAGAACAAGACCGACGUCGUGCUCAUCCUGGAGCUGGUCUCGGGCGGCGAGCUCUUCGACUUCCUGGCCGAGAAGGAGUCGCUGACGGAGGACGAGGCCACCCAGUUCCUCAAGCAGAUCCUGGACGGCGUCCACUACCUGCACUCCAAGCGCAUCGCCCACUUCGACCUCAAGCCAGAAAACAUCAUGCUCCUGGACAAGAACGUGCCCAACCCGCGGAUCAAGCUCAUCGACUUCGGCAUCGCCCACAAGAUCGAGGCGGGGAAUGAGUUCAAGAACAUCUUUGGCACCCCGGAGUUUGUGGCGCCCGAGAUUGUCAACUACGAGCCCCUGGGCCUGGAGGCGGACAUGUGGAGCAUCGGCGUCAUCACCUACAUCCUCCUGAGCGGCGCGUCCCCGUUCCUGGGCGAGACCAAGCAGGAGACGCUGACCAACAUCUCGGCCGUGAACUAUGACUUCGACGAGGAGUACUUCAGCAACACCAGCGAGCUGGCCAAGGACUUCAUCCGCCGGCUGCUCGUCAAAGACCCCAAGAGGAGAAUGACCAUCGCCCAGAGCCUGGAGCAUUCCUGGAUCAAGGCGAUCCGGCGCCGGAACGUGCGGCGAGAGGACAGCGGCAGGAAGCCGGAGCGGCGGCGCCUGAAGACGUCCCGCCUCAAGGAGUACACCAUCAAGUCGCACUCCAGCAUGCCCCCCAACAACACCUACGUCAACUUCGAGCGCUUCUCCAAGGUGCUGGAGGAGGUGGCGGCCGCCGAGGAGGGCCUGCGCGGGCUCGAGCACAGCCGGCGCCUGUUCCACGAGGACAUCGAGGCGCUGACGGCCAUCUACGAGGAGAAGGAGGCCUGGUACCGGGAGGAGAACGAGAGCAUCGGCCAGGACCUGCGGCGGCUGCGGCAGGAGCUGCACAAGACCGAGGCGCUGCAGCGGCAGGCCCAGGAGGAGGCCAAGGGCGCGCUGCUGGGGGCCAGCGGGCUCAAGCGCCGCUUCAGCCGCCUGGAGAACCGCUACGAGGCCCUGGCCAAGCAGGUGGCCUCCGAGAUGCGCUUCGUGCAGGAGCUGGUGCGCGCCAUGGAGCAGGAGAAGCUGCAGGGCGGGGAGUGCAGCCUCCGCUAGGGCCGCGGCGCGGGCCCCGGCGGGCGCGGUGAUGAGUGCGCCGGGCUGGGCUGGGCUGCCCCCACGGGGCCCUGGGGUUCACGGCCGAGGGGAGGGGCUCGGCCCCCGGAAGACGGGGCGGCCCAGGCGGCCUUCUCCGCACGGCCCACCGCCCCCUGCUCGGCCCUCUCCUGCAGCAUCGCGGACUCGGGGGGCUUCCGGGGCAGCAUUGCCUCGGGACUCGGUCAUCUCUGCAAGGGGUUGGUCCCGCCAGGACGGAACCAGCCACGGUGGACACAGGUGCCUUCUGCCUGGCCGGGCGGCCGCCUUUGUGUCUAGGACCUGGGUCAGGGGAGAGUCCAAGUACACGGAGCCUCGGGGAGGGGGCUGCGAGUGCCCCGGGCUCGCCUCAGGCUCAGAACUGCAGGGGCCCCUGCUGGACCCCCGGCCCCUCCUCUUCUGGAAACGGGAGGCGGCUCCCUCGGCGGCAGCGGUGGAGGUGGCUGUGCGCCCGGCUCUCCCAGCGCCCCCGUCACAGGUCUGGCAGUGGGCACGGGGCCAGAGCUGACUAGCUGACCCAGCUCCCGAGGACGUGUGGGUCUGGAGGUGCAUAGGGGAGUGUGUGGCCGGGCCCGGUGCUCAGAUGCAGUAAAGGUGACACCUGUGGAAA